ACUUUUCAGCUUAUUUUUCACUUACAAAUUUGUGAGCAGGAUAUGGAACAGCUGGAAUUUGAAGCGGCGACAGAAGAGGUGAAAAGAGCCUUUAUCAAGCUUGCCAAGCAACAAAUUUCUGGCACAGUCGUCAAGGUUGACGAGGACCACCUCGAACAGACAGACUCAUCUGAAUCAUCGGAUUCCAACCUUGAAAGCGCAAGCGAAGAUCUGGAAACGGAAGAGGGACAGUGGCGUGUUGGCACGAUCAACAUAACAACAGUACUACAGGCGUUUCGUAAUACUUGCUUUCAGAAAUUUAUUGACGGCGAAUCGCUUGGGGCCACAGAGCUGAUGUCGCUCAACUAUAUCUAUCACUUCGACGUGUAUGGGAAAACUGACUGCCGCGGCUACCUUCCGGGCACGUUCGACGAGAUCGAAGCCGAAGUUCUUGAAGACCUGGAACAGAAUGAGCAGCUGUCUUUGCUCCCUGAAGCCAUCAAAGCGAUGUGCAAUAUGUUGAAAGAUGCGACUGCCAUUGAUCGCGCAAAACCCACCGAAAUGAACAGUAUGAUGCUGAAGGCAAAUGGCCCACAGGAGCUCUUAGCAGCUCGGGCAUUGUGUAAGCUGUAUGCAAAGUACGAGAAAGACGAGGAUCUGAUGCUGAUGGAUGAGGACACAUUCGCUGAUCACACCAUCAAGCCACUUUACGAGACAUUGAUCUCGACUAUAAGCCGUGCAUCAUCAGCCGGUCAAUUCGCGACGAUGAUCUGCAAAAAUAAGGGCGAAAAAGAUUGGAUCCUCCGUCCGGACAGCACUCUUUGCACAACAAUGAUCGGGAAGUCUAUUCCAUGCUUCACGAUGGAGAUAAAGGCUCCGCAUGGUCCGUUCGGCGGUGACCUUCUUAAAAUCAGUUACGAGAUGAAACAGAUGCUGAACUCACUAGUGGAACAAAAUGUUGAAGAUCCUGUGGUGUUUGGCGCCGUUGUUGAAGGUGUGCAUAUAAAAACAUAUAAGAUGGACUUGAAAUACCACCACACCUAUCGAUUGAUACAGCUUCGAUCUUUUUACUUGCCUCGUGAACGAAGCGAUUUCGGUGUCGUCGAAGGGGCGCUCAUGGCAAUGUUCCAGCUCCGGGCUUUGAUCAGCGAAACGGUCGCUAAGAUUCGACAACAGCCUGUGGAAACAGAGCAGACCAAGGCCAUGAAAAGCUGGCGAAGGCAUUCUCCUUUUGCACCAAACUUCAAAUAUGGUGUUGAAUAUUUAGAUUAAACUCAGUAUGCGUCAGUUAUACUACAUUGUUCGGGCGCCAACGGUCAAGCUAUAUUGAAUUCUAGAGGUUUGCCGGUUCCUGUAUCCGGUCGACAUUCCCCGUAUAGAGAUGGAGAGAUUAUACCCGUGGCCAACCCAGUUACUCU